AUGAAGUGGCUCUUGGCCCUUCCGCUGGCUGCGACCACAGAGACCGCCCCGCGAUGUGAUUUCGAAGUCGUUCAUGCGGACUUGCUGAAGGAAGGCUUCGAAAGCGAAUACUUUCAUCCUAUCCUCAUCCAGGGGACGCCGUGGGAGAGAGAGCGGGCGUCGCUGGCCUCUUUCCGACGUGUCUUUGGCAACUACACUGUACGACUAACCCACAACUUGGAAUUCCAGUCAAGAGCCGGCUCCAAGCCCGAAGCGAACACCAGCACGUUCAGUGAAUGGGCAGACACACUGUUCCAACAACAGAGUGUCCCAUAUGUCUUCGAAUUCUGCGCCAAAGAUCUCUGCGAGCAGAUCGAAUCUACGUAUGGUAUCCCGCCAUACCUGAAGAAUUCUUGCCUGAGUUUGUACAUGAACACAGGCACCAUCGCCAAGGGAGUUGCCUUCCACCAGCACAGGCAAACCUGGGGGUGGCUGCUAGCAGGACGCAAAGUCUGGUACGUCGCCCCGCCGGGGACGCUGAAGUUUCAGCCCCACAAGCACGUCGAAGAGGAGAAGCUGCAGAGCGCCGGCGCUGGCGUGCAGCGCUGUCUUCAAGAAGAGGGCGAGAUCGUCUUCCUCCCUCGCGAUUGGUGGCACGCGACUUUCAACAAAGCCGAGUGGAACCUGGCAAUAGGUGGCCAAGGUGAAAUCAGCAGCAGUGCGUUUGACGCAGUGCGAGGGGCAGAUGCAGCAAAGAUCCGCAAGCUGCCCAAGGAGGAGGUGAAAGGGGUGCUGCAGUCGGCAGUGGAGAACGGCCAUCGAGAGGUGCUGGAGCUUCUGAUCUCGGCGAAGGCCCGAGUCUUCCCGCAGGGCCGCGAAGGCUGGACGGCAGUGCACGAGGCCGCCAGCAACGUCGGCGACCGGAAGCUUUUGGAGAUGCUGGUGAAGCACAAGCUUGACUUAGCAGCCACAGAUGGAGCAGGCAAGGUGGUUGCGCACCACCAUCCCUCGGAGCCGGUCCUGGGCUUUCUGCUUGAGCAGCGGGCUGAUCUCGCUGCUGCGGACGCGGGUGGCGUGACCGUUGCCCACGAAGCCGCGAUGCGCGGCCACGUCGCUGCCCUUCGGCUCUUGGCUCAGGCUGGGAUCUCGCUGACGGAUCAGUGCAGCAACGGUGCCACCCCUGCGCACUUUGCAGCAUUCGACGGUCACACAGGAGUCCUGCGGGAACUUUUGGCCAGCCGCGCAGAUCUCCAUGCCCUGGACCAUGCCGGUGGGUCGCUGCUGCACCAUGCUGCAUCGCAGGGCCAGACAUCUGCGCUCGCUUUGCUGCUGGGCGAGGGUGUCCGUGCAGGACCGGACGCUUUCGGACGCACUCUGAUGCACGAGGCGGCGGCCACAGGCUUCCCGGAGGCAAUGCAGCUCCUCCGGCAACGCGGAGAGGAUCCGCUUGCCCAGGAUGGUGACGGCCGCUCUGUGGCGCAGUAUGCCGCUGAGGGCGGACACGCAGAAGUGCUGAAGCAGCUCGUCUCCUGGGGCGUGGACCUCCGGAACCUGGACCGUGAGGCCGUGGAGGAUCCCGCGGUGCUGGAGCUCCUGAACGCCAGCGCAUUCCGUCUAUCGUUUCGACGAGGCUUCUCAGCCAAAACAUUCGAGGCAUACAAGUGGGUGGGGGCGGAGGUGUCGUCCGAGGGUGCAGCCAUGGGCAAAUUCCGGCUGAUAGAGCUGGUACGACCAUGCAUGUGUGUCCUGCCGGAAGUCGCCACCCCGGACCGCAGGAUCCCCUUCCGUGAGAAGAUCUUGUGGACGGGCAUCUCGUUGUUCGUCUUCUUGGUGUGCUGUCAAAUUCCGCUGUACGGCAUCUCGGCCAACAAAUCCACCGACCCUUUCUACUGGAUGCGUGUGAUCCUUGCAUCGAACCGCGGCACUCUGAUGGAGCUGGGCAUCUCUCCGAUUGUAACCUCAGGCAUGGUGAUGCAGUUGCUGGCCGGGUCCAAGCUUCUCGAGGUGGACCAAUCCCAGAAGGAGGAUAGAAUGCUCUUUCAAGCGGCACAGAAGCUCUUCGGCAUGGCAGCUCGGCUGGCCCUGGGCCGGGCUAGGAGAAGUUUCUAG